ACACACACACACACACACACACACACACACACACACGCGCGCGCGCGCACAGCUGCAAUGCUUCCUGCGUUUGACUCGUAGACCAUCGGAGCCUCCAUGGAAGAAAUGCACCUCCCCGGCAGCUAACACUCUUAGCCCGCCAUGUGAGCAAAGUCCCCGCCUUCGAAGAUCGCUUACUCGAAACGUAGACGAGGGUUCGGGAGGAGCCAGGCGCGACGCUCUUGCGCCCGAGUCCGAAGUGGGGGGCACACAUUCGGGGCGGGGGAGCCUCCAGAGCCAUCGACGCCCCGCCUGGCCGAGCCUCCGCACGUCUCGAAGGCAACGGAGGACCCACCGCGACACAAGCGAGGCUUCGCUGAAAUGAGAUGAGGCUCAGAAAUGGAACUGUGGCCACUGCGAUUAUCUUCUUCACGUCCUUCCUCAGCUUGUCUUGGUACACAGCCUGGCAGAAUGGCAAAGAGAAACUAACAGCAUACCAGCGGGAGUUCCAUGCCUUGAAAGAGCGCCUUCGUGUGGCUGAACACAGGACGCUGCAGCGCUCGUCGGAGCUCAACAACAUUCUCGAGCAGUUCAAGCGGGCCAUCGCCGAAACCAACAGCAGCAAAGAUGCCAUCACAUCCUUCUCAGAUGAGACACAGAGACUCUUGAAGGAACUGGCAAGUAGAAAACCUCUCCAAGUGCCAAACAUCUACCACCACCUGCCUCACCUGCUCAACAAUGAGGGCAGCCUGCACCCCGCCGUUCAAGUCGGCCUCGGACGCACGGGAGUUACCAUGGUGAUGGGGAUCCCCACGGUGAAGCGCAAGGUGAAGUCAUAUCUAUCCGAGACGCUGCGUUCGCUCAUAGACAAGCUGUCGCCGGAGGAGAAGCUCGAGUGUGUGAUUAUUGUCUUCGUCGGAGAGACGGACCUGGACUACGUGCAAAGUGUGGUUGCUGACCUACAGAAAGAGUUCUCAACAGAGCUGAAUUCAGGCUUGCUUGAGGUCAUCUCACCUCCUGCCACAUUUUACCCGGACCUCACGAGCCUGAAAGAAACUUUCGGAGACUCCAAAGAGAGGGUCAGAUGGCGAACCAAACAGAACCUGGACUAUUCGUUCCUCAUGAUGUAUGCCGUGAGCAAAGGGGUUUAUUAUGUUCAGUUGGAAGAUGACAUCGUUGCCAAGCCCAACUACUUUGCCACCAUGAAGAACUUUGCCCUCCAGCUCUCAUCAGAAGACUGGAUGGUCCUGGAGUUCUCUCAGCUGGGAUUCAUUGGAAAGAUGUUCCAGGCACCAGACCUGAAUCUUAUUGUCGAGUUCAUCUUCAUGUUCUAUAAGGAGAAGCCCAUCGACUGGCUGCUGGACCACAUUCUCUGGGUUAAAGUCUGCAAUCCCGAGAAAGAUGCGAAACACUGCGAGCGACAGAAGUCGAGCCUCCGUGUGCGCUUCAGGCCCUCUUUGUUUCAACAUGUUGGCCUCCAUUCUUCUCUGGCUGGAAAGAUCCAGAAACUCACAGACAAAGAUUUCCUGAAGCCACUUCUUCACAAGAUGCACGUCAAUCCCCCUGCUGAGGUGUCCACCUCCAUGAAGGUGUAUCAGGGUCACACACUAGAGAAGACGUACCUCGGGGAGGAUUUCUUCUGGGCUGUCACUCCCAAGGCAGGAGACUACAUCCUCUUAAAAUUUGAUAGACCCGUCAGCAUAGAAAGGUUCCUGUUUCGUAGCGGUAACCUGGAGCACCCGGGGGACAAGAUGCAAAACACCACAGUGGAAAUACUGCCCGUCUCCGAGACUGGAUUGAUGCAGACCAAAGAGAAGUACAAGAGAACCGAAGACCGCUUUUACAGGAUAGGUCAUUUUGAGAAGGGCGUGGCCGAGGGGGCCGUAGACCCCUCCUUCAACCCCGUCCUGGCCUUGCGACUGUCUGUGGUGAAAAACUCUGCAGUGUGGGUCAUCAUCAGUGAAAUUCAUAUAAAGCGGAUAGCAGGCUGACUUGAACCAAAACCUCGGAGAGACUGCUCACGUUAGAGUCUCAGGCAGCAAUGAAGAAACCCCCUCAGAGCUGCUGGUUUGAAGAACAUCCAUACUUUUUGUUUCUCGUUGGUCACUCUUUGCUUUCUGCGUCCGUCUUACCUCCUGUAGUGAGAAUGUGAAUACUACUGUCUACAAAGGCAAGAAAACUUGGGCAGUGCGACUAAAUCACCCAACUAGCAGCUUUGGAAAACAAUCAUCUUGGAUUUAAUGAGGACAAAUCAUGACACCAGUCAGCUGGCCACUCUUCAUGCUGCCAAAAUCCGCCCUUGGUCAACUCAAUGCUGCCACCCUUGGGCAAGCUGGGGCAUUGCACUGUCACUAGUGCCACCAGCUGAACCCGCCAUCACCGAGAAUGUUCAGUCUAGCCGUUUCCCCCUGGGUUUUAAAUGUAAAAAGAUGCAGUUUCAAGAUCGACACCAGCCUGAACUGACACUUACUCCAUUACCUUUCGAAGAAAUCUCAGCUAUCCCCCCUGAGAGAAUGAUAUAUCUCAGCACCGGUCUGACAAAGCAUUGUGCAUAGAAAAAAAAGCAACAAUCAAUUUUGAGAAGGAAUAUAUUGAUGUGACGACUUAUGAAGGUGACUUUAAUUUAUUUAAAAUAAAUCUUUUUAAAUUGUACAAGAAGUAAAUAUAUUUUUAAUCUAGCAAGAGAUGUUUAUAGUAGUGCAGUAUUUUGUUUUUAUUGUGCAUUUUCAUGAUUAUUGGGGCUGUCAUCAACGUCGCCCUCUUUUCUUUUUACUACAUUAUUACUACCCACAAAACGCUGAAUGAUAGGAGGGGCGGCAAAUAGACUUUUAUUUAAAAGAUUUGUGCGUCAAGUGUGGAGAAAUGUGCCUUAUAUCAGGUCCCCUUAUUGUGUUUCAUCUACUUCAAUCACACUUGCCAAGGCCUCACCAGCUGGAUAUUUUAUUAUUAUUUUUAUUAUGAAAAUAGCAAAGAGUUCAAUCAGUGUUCAGAUGUGUUUACAAAUGUGAACGUGAUGCAUUACAUCUUAAACUGUUAGCUUCACGCUGCUUAUUGUUACAUCACCAUCUUUACAUGGUAUCAAGGAGUGUAAGGACCACACUGAAAAGAAAAAAUUACUUCAGGAAUCAUGGAGAUCACAGAGAAAAAGUCCACAUUUUUGUACAAUAAUGUAGUAAUCUUGCAUUUUAAAAAAUGGAACAAAUCUGAGAAUCUAGUGGGUGGGAAACAAGUAUUUUUUUCCAAAAUCCAAGAUGUUUUUUUUAAAAUACAUAAUUGUUUUUGUGAGGACAAGGUUAUAUUUUUCAAAAAAAAAAUGUUGUAACAUUACUAAAAAAUAAGUCAUAAUUUUCAUGACCAAAAUAAAGUUGCAAUAACAAUGAAAGUAGUCAUAAUACAACAGAAAAGUUGGUUGUCCAAGAUUACUUAAAAAGAAAGAUAUUUUUGGGGAUGAGAGUUCUAUUUUACAACAAACAAGUCAUAAUCUUGCUAGAAUAAAGUUGGAAUUUUCAAGAGAAAAAAUAGUUGUGUAAAGAAAGUGUUACUACUUCAAAAAAAUCAUAGGUUUCUGAAAAACAAAAAGAAUAUAUAUGUAUGUAUGUGUGUGUGUGUAUAUAUAUAUAUAUAUAUAUAUGUGUGUAUGUAUAUAUAUAUAUAUAUAUAUAUAUAUAUACAUAUAUAUAUAUAUAUGUAUAUGUGUAUAUAAUGUGUGUAUAUAUUGUACAGGAAAAAACACAGAGGCUAUUUCAUCCCCACAAGCCUGUUUCGUUUUUCAGGUGAAAUUCCCUGAAGAGCAGGGAUGACAUUGCUUAUGUUUUUCCUGACCUAACGUGUGUGUGUGUGUGUGUGUGUGUGUGUGUGUGUGUGUGUGUGUGUGUGUGUGUGCGUGCGUGCGUGCGUGCGUGUGUGUGUGUGCGCGCGUGUUUGUGUGUGCGCGCGUUUGUGUGUGUGUGUGUAUAUUUAUUUAUUCAAUAUACUUUUUCCCAAGAAAGGAGUUUCAACUUUUUUUUAUCCUACAAGGAAAACAUAAUGUUAUGAGGGUUAAGUGGAAAUACUGUAAAUAAGUCCUAAUUUAAAAAAAAAAAAAAAUGUACUGUACAAUUUUUUUUAUUUUUAGGACAAUGUAGUUUUCCCAAUAAAGAUACAAUCUUACUAGAAUAAUGUCAGAAUUUAAAAUAUUGCAACAGUAUACUCCUAAGAAAUAAGUUGUCACUUUUCAAGAAAGAAAACUUUGCAAGAAAAAUAUGUAGUUUGGGCGUAUAGGAUUGUUAAAACACUUCUUCACUCUCGUACAAUUAACUUUUUCUUCUGUCUUUUUAGUAAUUUAUGGGGAAAAAACACUUUGAUUUGUAACAUUUAAUUUUGUAAAAACAUAUCUGAAUAUGUUUGGCUUAAUUGAUGUAUAUCUUUAUUUUCAUAUUAAUACUUUUGCUAUUUAACAACUUUAUUAAAGCUAAAUUACGACUGUUUCUUUUAAAUGUGGCCUUAAUACUCCUUCAAACCAUCAGUUCACAUCUGCUAAUCCACUUAAAAGGCUUUGUUUGUCCACUCACUCACAUAUCUUGUUUCAUUUACUUUUGGAAUGGAAUGUCAUGACUACUGAUCGCUUUAGGAGUGCACCUUUUUUUCUUCAUUAACAUGUUUUGUAAAUAUGAAUAUAUAAAAAGCAAUGUGCAUCUUACUGUCACUCUUCCACCUCUCUUGAUAGAUCUAUUCACUUUUGGUGGCUUUCUUUUAUUCAUGGGGGGUAAUGAAGUGCCUUUUUUGAAUGGAAGGGAUAAAGGUGUUUGACAUGCACAUGUGUACAUACUGUACUUGACUAGUAUUUUUGUUGUGUGGCUUGCCAGUGCAGGCUCCUUGAUUAAACCACGUAAAUGCUUGAUGCAAGAAGUGUCUUGAUCUUGAUCAGGUGUGUUUACUCUGAUACAAGGCGGGACACUUAGCCGGAUUGUCUCUUUCACCAGGUGAAUGUGUAUCAAUGUCGACUGCAGACAGAAAACAUUUAAAGGCUUGAGAAAAACCAUACACCUAUCAGUUUGUGUGCCUUCAUCUUGUACAUGCAUACUGCCUGCAUUUGCUGCCUUUUCCCCCCCACAUCCUUUCUCAUGGACAUGUUUCAAAUAAAUGAUCCAAAAAGUU